AUGUUGCGAUCUCUCGUUGUUCUGCUUGCUUCGGCUCUCGCCGUGAGCGCAAUCCCCCAGGCGACUCCCUCGCAGACGCCUUCUCCUUCUACAGAAACGCCGGGGUCCUCGACGACCGUAACCUCGCCGCCGUCCUCGACCAUCACCCCGUCUCCGACUCUGAGCUGCUCGAAUGGCUCGACGGCCGUGUACACCACUGACUGCACGAUGGGAUACCCAAUCUCCUACUGCUAUAGCCCGCCGCCACCAAUCCAGUGCUCGUCGGGCUAUUUCCCGGGCUCCUACGCCGCAGGACACUGCGACACCGCCUCGACGUGCUACCCGCUGACUGCGCCGUGGCUCACAACCAAGUGCUCGAAUGGCGGGAUUCCCUACUCGACGUCCACCCUCAACUGUCCAGCCGGUAUGACGACGUCGACGAGCACUGACUCGUACUGUGCGACCGCGCCGGCGAGCGCAUGCUCCAACACCCCUCUCACGACGCCUUAUUGUAAAUGCGCCAAUCCCACCCAGACGGCUGUCUACCCGCCUGGCGACGGUGCCACGGCGACGGGAUGUGCUUGA